AUGGCCCCGGAUAAAUUGAGACCCGGUGGUGAGUCUGCAAUUGAACUUUGGGAAACUUGUGAUCCUGAUAAUUGGGCGGAAGCACUAAAUUCUUAUGAUGAUUCUUGUGAAUUUACUCAGAAGAGCUUGAAAAACUCUCAGUUAAAGCUAUCAAAAAAGUCGUUUCUUGAUGAUGAUAAAUGGAAAGAGGAGAGUCUUCCAAAGCUGAUAGUCUCUAAAAAAGUGAUCACCCUGCCACAGUUGGAGCGGUUGAUGGUAUGGAAACUGAGACGAGGACAGUUCCGUCCCACAUUAAUGGGGUUGAUCAGGAGAAACUCUCCAAAUAAUGUAGAAGAUGUAACAAAUAAAGCAAUCACUCUAGUAUUGGAAUCAACUAAAAAUGUUACUGAAGCAUUCAAGGUUCUUGAAGGUCUCCACGGGGUCGGACCUGCUACAGCGAGUCUUAUUCUAUCUGUUAUCCAGCCCAGUGAAGUGCCAUUUAUGUCAGAUGAAGCUAUGGAUGCUUCAAUAGGAUUGCCAAGAUCUUAUACAGCAAGCAGAUGUAAGAAGUUUCGUGUAGCAAUGACAGCUAAAGCAAAGGAGUUGGGCGAUGAAUGGAAUGUUAGUCUUGUCGAGAAAGCUCUGUUUACUGCCGCUGUUUUAGGAAGGCAGGAGCUGAAAUAA